CCAUACAGCAUCUUACGUAGGUUAUGUUUUUCCAGAAUGUUUUUAAUUAAUAAGUCUUAUAGAUAAUAACAAUAAUAAGAUAAGUGACUCGACUAUUUUUGAAAUCUUAGUUCAAUUAUAACUUAGCAACCCAUCUAACUGAAUUUCAGUGUAGUUCUAUUCAUUUAAGAUUCAACACAAAAGUAAUAAUGGACAGAUUAUUAAUAUCCUUUAAAAAUGGUGUGAGAACCAUUAAGUUUAACAUGCCAUCAAGAAAAAAUGCUGUUUCCCAUAAAGUUUACAAGGAAUUAGGUAAAAUUUUCAACGAAGACGCAGAAAACGAUAAAAUAAUAGUAACAAUUAUAACCGGAUUUGGAGAAUAUUUCACCAGCGGAAAUGAUUUUAAAGCUAUCAUGGAAUACGCCUCCGAAGAUGGAAUGCCGGAAGUAGCACAUCAAGCAUUCAAAAACUUCAUCAAAGCAUUUAUUGACUAUCCAAAGAUUAUUAUAGGAGUAGUAAAUGGGCCAGCUGUUGGAAUUGGAGCCACUCUUUUAGGAUUAUGUGAUAUUGCUUAUGCUUCUGAUAAAGCUACAUUCCAUGCUCCAUUUUUACGUUUGGGAUUAUGCUGUGAAGGGGCUUCCAGCCUUCAUUUUCCUUUAACAAUGGGUAGAAGUAGAGCUAGUGAAAUGUUAUUGUUGGCAAAGAAGAUAACUGCUCAAGAAGCUGAGAAAUUUGGGUUGGUUUCAAAAGUGAUUCCUCAUGAACAACUUGAUUCUUUCAUUGAAGAAUUACACCAAUAUGGGGAUUUGCCACUUAAUGCUGUUAAAAUUAAUAAGAAAUUAAUUGUUGAUAAUUAUAGGCAAUGGUUCCAUGAUUCUAAUUUAAGAGAAUGUACUGCUCUUGAGGAAAGAGCUGCUUCUGAAGAUUUUAUGAAUAGUGUUAUAAGUUUUAUGAAUAAGAAAAGUAAAAUGUAAAAGUUUUUUAAUAUAGUUUUUUUAUCAAUAAAAUAUCAAUAACAUUU